AUGACUGAAGAAACAAAACAAGCAGAUAAAGCUAGCCCAUGGGGAAUGAUUAGUGCUGUAUUAGUUUCAGCAUUAAUUGGUUGGCUUUUUCUUAUUGCAUUCUGUUUUGGUAUACAUAAUUAUGAAGAUACAAUAAAAACAUCAACUGGUUUUCCAAUUACACAGAUUUUAUUGGAUAAUUUCAAUCAAGAAUUAACUUUAGUUUUCAUGUGUCUUCUUUUAAUAGCAUGUUGGUUUUGUGGUCUUUCAUCAGUAACUGCAAACUCAAGAAUGAUUUAUGCUUUUAGUCGAGAUCAUGCUAUGCCUGGUUCUCGUUGGUGGCAUAAAAUUCAUUCUGCAUCAUCAUGUCCUUUGAAUGCUGUAUGGUUAUCAUGUUUUAUUGCAUUUAUUUUGUCUCUUCCUUAUUUGGGUAAUACAACUGCUUAUGUAGCUAUUACAAGUCUUUCAACUAUUUCUUUAUAUAUAUCAUAUAUUUUACCUAUUAUAUGUAAACUUUUGUAUCCAAAUACAUUUCUUCGUGGUUCAUUUCAUCUUGGAAAAUUUUCAAUAUUUAUUAAUAUAAUUGCUGUUCUUUGGGUUUGUCUAAUUGUUAUUCUUUUUGUUCUUCCACCUGUUUAUCCAGUUACUGCUGUUACAAUGAAUUAUGCAUCAGUUGGUAUUGGUUGUGUAUUAAUAUUUGCUGGAUUUGCUUAUUUUGUAUCAGCAAAAUAUUGGUUUCGUGGACCAGUAACAAAUGUAAAUAUGAAUACAAGAAAACCUGAUGUUACUAUGAACUAUUUGUGA